ACAUCGUGAAAAAUAAUUCGGCGCGCCAUUUUUCUGUGGUUGCCUGCUUUUCUGCACUUGCAACAUUUGCUGUAGAGUUUAUCGCAUAAAAUUUAAGUGAUUUAAGUGUUAUUGUUGUGGCACAAUCAACUGUCACGCUAGACAGACAAAGUUUCGUGUUCGUUUUGUGAGAUAACAACAACAAAACACACAUUGUGAAAUUGCAAAACGCGACGCCAUCGGAAUUUUGACCAAAUAACGAUUUAGUUUAUGUUUGUGGUUUGUGUUUACUUAGUUAGCUGACAAAAGCAAAAAUCAAAGCAACAGCAACAAAAUGUUUGGUGGCGCUAAACCGACAUUUGGCACUGGAGCCGGCAGCACAGGAUUUGGUACAUUUAGCAAUUCUCAAGCGGCGACGCCUUUUGGUCAAACUGCAUUUGGAAAACCCGCAACUCCGGCAUUCGGCGGCACUCCGGCAUUUGGUGCACAGCCCGCCGGACAGUCGUCCAUGUUCGGCAGCACGGCGACAGCGACGCAACCGACGGGCGGACUUUUUGGCGGUGCGACAACCUCAAAUGCCUUUGGAGCAACAACAACAACACCGAGCACAUUUGGAGCAUUUUCGCAGCCGCAGCAGACGUCGAACAUAUUCGGAUCCUCUCAAGCGCCGGCGAACACUUCUCUCUUUGGCCAAUCCGCUGGCAGUGCAUUUGGCGCUGCCAAGCCAACGACUCUGGGAAUGGGCAGCUAUGUUGUGCAGUCGCCCGCGGCUCAGCCGACGACAUCGUUGUUCGGUCAACAGGCAACGGUUGCGACGAGUGCCACUGGAGGAUUCGGUGGUUUUGGCCAAGCGGCGCCGACAACAACAAGUGUGUUUGGCAGCGGAGCUGCAUCCGCCUUUGGUCAGCCACAAAACGUGCAAGUGGGUGCAGUGGGCGUGGGAGUGGGAGGUGUUAAUACGGGCUCCUCCUUGGCCAAAUAUCAACCCACCAUAGGCACGGACACGCUGAUGAAGGGCGGACAACCGAAUAAUGUGAAUACCAAACAACAUUGCAUCACCGCCAUGAAGGAAUACGAGCUAAAGUCGCUGGAGGAGCUGCGCAUGGAGGAUUAUCUGGUGAAUCGCAAGGGACCACAGGCGGGCAGUGCUCCCGGUGCCUUUGGUUUUGGCUCCGCAGCUCAAACCGCUCCAGGCGCCGGCGGCGGACUCUUUGGCUCACCCGCCCAGCAGCAGCAGCAGCAACAACAACAGCAGCAGCAGCAACAACAACCAGGCACCGGCUUAUUUGGCCAAACAGCGGGCACGGAGAAUAAGGGACUCUUUGGCAGUUCAGCUUUUGGCCAGCCAACAACAGGUGGCGCUUUCGGUGCUGCCACACAACAACAGAACUUUAUGCAGAAACCUUUUGGCGCGACAACAACAACAAAUGCCUUUGGUGCAACCAAUACAGAUGCCGCUAAUCCCUUUGGCGCCAAACCCGUCGGAUUUGGUCAACAGCCAGGCAGCAUGUUUGGUCAGGCAGCUGCCACAAAUGCCGCGCCAGCAUUUGGUCAAUCGAAUACAGGAUUUGGUGGCUUUGGCGGUGCCACACAGGCGCCGCAACAACAGACCAGCUUGUUUGGCGCCACACAACCGCAAGAUGCGAAUAAAUCUGCGUUUGGUCUCGGAGCAGCUGUCUCGGCAGCCAAUACAGGCUUUGGAGGAUUCGGAGCAGCUGCUCAGAGCAAUGCUGGUGGCGGCAUCUUUGGCUCCAAGCCGGCAACAAGCUUUGCGGCGCCUGCUUUUGGUGCCAGCUCCACAGCGAACACGGGAUUCAGUAACUUCUCGCUGAGCAACACUAAUGCUGGAGCAGUGGGCGCAGGAGGCGGUUUAUUCAACUCCCAACUGCAAAAACCGGCUACAUCCGCCUUUGGUGGCUUUGGUGGCACCUCAACAGCGCCACUAAACUUUAAUGCCGGCCAGUCUCUGUUUAGUAAUGCAGGCAAACCGGCGGGCAGUCUAUUUGGUGGUGGCAACAGCACUGGAUUGGGUCAAAUGGGUGGCCAAACAGCUGCCGGAGGCGGUGGCGGACUUUUUGGCACUAGCAAUCCCACGGGAGGCUUUGGUGGCAGCUUGGGCGGUGGCUUUGGCACACUUGGUGGCGGUAACUCUACGCUAUCCGGCCUGGGCAUGGCUGCAUCAAGCACUCAGGGCACUCUACACGUGCCCAUACAUCAGCAAAUACUCUCCAAAGUCACCUCACCAUAUGGUGACACUCCAAUCUUUAAGGAUCUGAAGCGUGGCGAUGAUGUGGAUGCCACACGUGCCACAAAUCCGGCGGCACAACAAGCUCUACUGGAUAUGAAUAGCAAUCAGUUUAAGAUUGCCCAAAAGGAGAGUCCCAUUGGCAUCCGGGUUAAGGCGCUGGGCAGCUCCAAGCAUAACAAAUCCAUGUUUGAUGGACUGGAAGAGUUUGAUGCCAGCGUGGAGGGCUUUAAUCUCAAGCCCAAUGUCAAGCGAUUGGUCAUCAAGCCAAAGAUUAAGCCUGCUUCAAGUGGAGACGGCACAAAUCUGAGUAAUCCUGCGCGCUCUCAGCGUGAAUCCUUCAAUGGUGUGAUUGCCAGUGAGGUCGGAGGAAGUUCCCCAGUUGCUCCAGCUGCAGUCAAUGCAAUCGACAGCAGUCGUCGCGAGUCCUGGCUGCAUCCCAAUAACCUGGCCAAGGUGCGUCAGCAUAAUCUACAGUCGGGCUUUGAUCAGACACCUUUAAAUAAUACGCUCACUGAGUUGGUGCCACGUAAACCACUCGAUACCUACAAGAAUUCACCCACUGCAAGGCAAUCUGUAUCCACCAUACCGGAGAAUCCCUUUGAGGAUCAGUCCAGCUCCAUUUCUAUAGCCAGACGUGAUACCUUCAGCUCGGAGCAGGGCGGGAAUGAGAGCACACUCUCCAUACGCAGUUCGCAGGAGGAGGAACGUCGUCUGACCUUGGAAACACGCCCGGAGAUCGAUGCCAUUCAACCGGAUGCGGAUAAUGAGCCGCAUCCCACGGGAAUUGUACUGCGUCGCGUGGGUUAUUACAUUAUACCCACACUGGAUGAUCUCAAGUCAUAUCUGGCCGAGGAUGGUUCCUGUGUGGUGCCCAAUUUCACAGUUGGACGCGAGGGUUACGGCAAUGUCUACUUUGGCAAGGAGCUGGACGUGGCGGGUCUCAAUCUGGAUGAGAUUGUACACUUUCGCAACAAGGAAAUCAUCAUUUAUCCGGAUGAUGACAAUAAGCCGUCCGUGGGCAGCGGUUUGAAUCGCGAGGCACAGGUGACUCUGGAUCAGGUGUGGCCGGUGGACAAGACGAAGCACGAGGCGAUCAAGGAUCCGCAGCGACUGCUCGAAGUGGAUUGGGAGGGGAAACUACGUCGGGUUUGUGAGAAGAAUGCAACGCGCUUCAUUGAAUAUCGACCGGAGACGGGCAGUUGGGUGUUCCGGGUGAAGCACUUCUCCAAAUACGGACUCAACGACAGCGACGAGGAGGAGGAGCAGCCGCUACCCACCGAUCCCAAGAAGGCCAAAAUGAUUGCCAUGGAAGGACAACGCAUUGCAGCCACCUCCACCGAUAAAAUAACAUUGACAUCAUUGCGCACGGCGCAAAAAAUCUCCGAGGAGGCCGCUCGUCACAUGGAUCCCAAAUCCCUCGCUGCCGGCGUUGCCAAUGGAUUUCGUCCCAUGGACAACUCUGCGGAAUUUAUGCUGAUGGAUAAGACACAGUUCUUCCAAGUGGGAUCCGGCACAGAUUUCUCCAUGUUCGAUGCUCCUCCCCGGAAUGUGACGAGUCCGACAGCUGCUUUGGCCCAGGAGGUGGGCAAUCAACCGCACAAAGUGCAGCUAAUGAAGUCCUCACUUUUCGUGGAGGACAAUGCCAGCGAUGAUGAGAUGGUAGAUUCCGAUUCGCAGUUUAAGAAGAACAUUUUCAGUCAGGACACACAUUUGUGGAAGGACACAGCCGCCUCAGAGACGUCCAGUGAAUUUGGACGUCAGUCACCGCUCAUGGAGGAAUCAUCAUCGGCCUCCGUCACCAGCAUAAUCCGUGAGAUGCAAUCGGAGGAAACUUCAUCGAUGGCAGCUGAAAGUGUUAAACCGGCUGAAAAGAAGGUUUUAGGUGGCUUAAAACCUUUCAAUUUUGUUAUAAAACCUCGAGUCGCACCUCUUAAGCUGUUUGCCUCCAUGGUGCCAUUGCCCAGAUCCAUUGCAUAUGGCCACUAUAAUCAUUGGUUUGCCGAUCUGGGCUUUUACAAGGGACGCGGAUUUAAGCUCAGCUUUGGACCACAAAAUAUGCUGAUGGUGCCCAACACAUACAACAAUCUGCGCAGCGUUCAUGAAGCUGGUGGCAAUGCUGUGCCCGCUUCGUUGGCCUUUGAGCCGCGUGCCUCGAAUGAUUUCUCGCCCAAUUUGUGGCAACUGAUGCAGUUUAAUACUGUCAACAUGUAUGAGGACUUUUGUCAGAGCAUUGUGCCACAUUUGGAGGUGCAACUGCUGCACGGUUGCCACACGGAGCAAGUGGAGGGCAGCGAUUGUCCCUGGCUGCAAUCAAUUGGCGGCACACAACUGAUUGCCAAACAUUUAAGUGAGGCUAUCCAACUGAGCAGCAGUUCCAAUUCCAGAUCCAACCGCAAUUCCAACUCCAGCAGUGUGUCUGCUUAUGCGGUGUCCGUUUGGUCGCUGCUCCUGGCACUGUGGGGAGAACACGAGGAGCUAAGGGAACAAGAUUCCAGCUCACACUUUGCGGUCAUGUGUCGACGUAAUCUGCUCUCCGAGUGGCUGGAGAAUACACUAGUGAGCAAGGAUCUGCUCUCCAAGAAGAUCAGCAGCAAUAGCUAUCUAUCCCAUAUGCUGGAGCUGUUGAGUUGCCAUCGUGUUACCGAAGCCUGUGAAUUGGCCUUUAAUUAUGAUGAUGCCAAUCUGGCUUUGAUCUUGUCUCAGCUGAGUUCCGGUGCUGUUUUCCGUAUGUUGAUGGAGGAGCAACUGUUUGCCUGGCAGCAAAGCAAAUCGGAUAAAUAUAUUGCAAUGGAGCGUCUCAAGAUGUACAUGUUGGCCGCUGGCGUGCCUCUAAUGCAAUCCUCCCAGGGUGCCAUCAAUUUGCUGGAGGACAGCAACUGGUUGACUGUGCUCGCCAUGCAACUCUGGUACUUCACUGCACCCACUUCCUCCAUAACGGAUGCUCUGCUCGAGUAUGACAAGGCUUUCCAGGCCGAUGAGUGCUAUGCGGAGGCGCCCAAGCCAAGUUACAUUGGAUCGGGAUCAAGAUCAUCAGAUGACAGCAAACAGUCCACAGUUUAUGAUCUACGCUAUCAUCUGUUGCAGCUCUACUCACAGCGUGUACAUUCCCUGGAACAGACACUGAAUCCCAUCACACACACCUCCGAUCCCAUGGACUUUCGCCUCAGCUGGCUACUUCUGCAAACAUUGGAGGCCUUGGGUUAUCGGCAUUGCAGUCCUUUGGCCGAUGCCCAGCUGAACGUGGACUUUGCCAGCCAGCUGGAGAACGAGGGUCUUUGGCACUGGGCUAUCUUUGUGCAGCUGCACCUCAAGGAGCGCAAUCAACGUGAGCGAGCUGUGCAGAAUACACUGCAACGUCAUGUCAUCGUAUCCAACGAGGUGGCUUUAAACGAAGAGGAGCAGUUUGUUAUCCAACAAUUGGGUGUGCCCGAGUCGUGGGUGGAUUAUGCUAAGGCUCUGAGAGCGGGUGCAAUGGGUCAACGGCAUUUGCAGGCCAAGUAUCUGCUGAAGGCCAAGCAUUGGGUGCUGGCACAUGAGAUAAUCUUUCAGUAUAUUGCACCAGAUGCCGUCAUCAACGGCAAAUUGGAGUAUCUGUACAAUCUGCUGAGCCAGUUUGAGUGCACGCAGGACAGCAGCCAUGUGAAGGUGCCAAACUGGACAAAUCAGGGUCAAAUCUUUCUCGAUUUCAUAGACAUUUCCGCUAAGUUCAAGCAGAUCCACAAUGUGCACAGCAUUGAGGACAUUAAUGCGCGCUGGGAGAACCUGAAGCCACAGUUAAGUGAGAUCUGCUCAAGGAUCAGCCUGUUGCCAUGUCCCACGUCCAAGCAUCGCCUCUGUCAGAGUGAGAUCUCUAAGAGCUUGAGCUGUUUGGUGCAUGGCAUGUGCAUUGUGUGUCCGGAACUUGAACCAUGCUCCGUAUUAAAGAUGGCUAUUGAACGUCUACCAAUGCCACAGGAAUUCUCCACCAAAGAGCUGAGCAGUCUGCUCGAUGAGCUGAUGAACAAGAUUGAGAAUCAGGCGCCAUUCACGGAUAAAUCUUCAAUGCGUCCCGCCGAUCGACAGUUGAUGAUACCCAUUUAAUUCAAUGCAAAUAAUCAUUAUAAGUCUACACUAAACCGGGAGAUAAUUAAAUGAAAACACAAUGUAUAGCUUAGGUCACAAUUUAAUUAAGAUGUUUUGUGUAUGGAAUUAAUUGUUAGGACUUCUCCCUCACAAAGACAAAAAAAAAA